AAGCAACGUAGACCUGCGAUUAGAAUGAUUUCAUAGCAAUUGGCAAGAGAAUCAAUAUCGACUUUUUCCGUGUGUAAAAAUGACUACAUACACAGAUAAAGGCCCAAAGCCUUUGGGAGGAAAGUUUUUGUCUUUUGAUCAUGUAACGUUUUGGGUUGGAAAUGCGAAGCAGGCAGCUGGUUAUUAUUGCUCUAGAAUGGGCUUUGAACCCUUGGGUUACCGUGGUUUGGAAACUGGUACAAGAGAAAUAGCAUCCCAUGUUGUUAAACAAAAUAAGAUUAUCUUUGUAUUUGAAUCACCAUAUAAACCUGAUAAUGAUGAAAUAGGACGUCACGUUUUACGACAUGGUGAUGGAGUUCGUGAUAUUGCAUUUAAUGUCGAAGACAUUUAUACCAUUGUAAAGAUUGCCAAGGAAAGAGGAGCGAAAAUCAUAAAAAACAUAUGGGAAGAAAAAGAUGAAUAUGGUGUUGUGAAAUUUGCUACUAUACAAACUUAUGGGGACACACAUCAUACGCUCAUAGACAGAUCAAAGUAUAAAGGAUUCUUCUUGCCAGGAUUUCAACAACUACCGGAAGAUAAAUCUAUAAAAAAUUUGCCAAAAGUUGGACUAAAUUUCGUGGAUCAUAUCGUUGGCAAUCAACCUGACAAACAAAUGGAACCUGUUGCAAAAUGGUAUGAGGAAUGUUUACAGUUUCAUAGAUUCUGGUCAGUAGAUGAUAGUCAGCUACAUACAGAAUACUCUGCUCUACGUUCUAUUGUUAUGACUAAUUGGGAAGAAACUGUAAAAAUGCCUAUUAAUGAACCGGCUACUGGCAAGAAACGUUCUCAAAUACAGGAAUAUGUGGAGUAUUAUGGGGGAGCAGGUGUACAACACAUUGCUCUAAACACAGAUAACAUAAUUAAAGCUAUACAAAAUUUGCAAGCUCGAGGUAUGGAAUUUCUAAAUGUGCCAGACUCUUACUAUGACAUGCUAAGAAAUCGUUUAAAAAAUAGUGGAGUAAAAAUUUUAGAAGAUCUUAACACACUUCAGAAACUAAAAAUUUUAAUUGAUUACGACGAGGAUGGAUAUCUUCUGCAAAUAUUCACUAAAAAUAUGCAAGACAGACCAACACUUUUCAUAGAAGUCAUUCAAAGACGUAACCAUAAUGGAUUUGGAGCUGGAAACUUUCAAGCUUUAUUCGAAGCUAUAGAAAUGGAGCAAGCUAAACGCGGCAACUUGUAAAAUCCUCAUUGUGACUAAAUAUAAAUAUGUACAGGUAUUUUGCACUUGAAAGAUUUGUAUAAUAAAGUUUUAUUAUAAACAUAAUAAAGAAACAAUGUUCGUUACUCUUA